AUGACGAGUCACAGAGACCCUCAUCUUCUGCACAACCUGUCCUACCACCCACGAUGGCAGUAUGACUCAGUAAAAGUGAAGAGAAAAAGACAUAUACAAAUGGUGGUUACAAAGAGUUGGGGCGGGUAUAGUCUGUUUGAAUCAUUACCGACAUCAUCACUGUCCUCAAGAGCAUUGUUAGCAAAAUCACAGUUGCCAUUAUCCCCUGUGCAGAACUCCAGGAACUGGUGGGGGAGCUGGUUUCUUCUGCCCUUAUUCAUAGUCUCAUUUCUGCCCUGUCAAGCCUGGGCGACCACUUUCAAGGUAGCCCUGGUUGGACCCUGGACGUGUGACCUCUUGUACUCUAAAGCCCUCCCUGACUUGGCAGCCCGUCUCGCCACCACCCGCAUAAACAAGGACCCCUACCUCAACAAGGGCUACUGGUAUGACUACACACUGAUUAAUGAGGACUGUAAGUCCUCACAUGCCCUUGUUCACUUUUCUAAGCUGGAAGGUUAUGGUGCUGCUUUCCUGGGCCCUGCCAACCCAAGCUACUGCUCCUCAGCAGCUUUGUAUGCAAAAGAGUGGGAUGCUGGAAUAUUUUCUUGGGCUUGCCUCAAACCCAACAUGAAAAAAGGACACAUGUAUCCCACCUUCCUAAGGCCGCUGCCGCUAUCCUCCAAUGUACUUUUCACUGUGUUGCGGUACUUCCACUGGGCCCAUGUGGCCAUAAUCUCAGAGGAGACAGACAUGUGGGAAGCCACAGGACAGGAGCUGGCCUCUUCUCUGAGGGCCCUCGGCCUGCCUGUCAAACCUGUGGUCACUAUGGGGGCUGACAAGGAUGGGCCUCGCAGAGCCCUGACAAAAGUGAGGGAAACAGACCGUGUCAGAGUGGUCAUCAUGUGCAUGCCUUCUGUUUUGAUUGGUGGCCAAACCCAGUAUCAGCUUCUGACAACAGCGCUGGCCAUGCGUAUGAUCGACCGCGGCUAUGUGUUCAUCCCUUAUGACACCCUCCUGUACUCACUACCCUACCAAAAUGCAUUUUAUUAUUUGCUAGGCAAUGACACCAAGCUGCAGAAAGCCUAUGAUGGGGUCCUCACCAUCACUGUUGACUCUGGAGAACGUAAUUUCUAUGAGGCCUUCAAAGAUGCUCAGGACAGCUAUGAAAUUCACACCAGCACCCCACCAGAACAAGUUUCUCCAUUCUUUGGCACAAUCUACAACAUGAUGUACUACAUAGCUAUGACUGCUGAACAGGCCCGUGCCAAUGGAGGCCGCUGGGUAACUGGUCAGAUGCUGGGCGACAGUGAAGGCAACUUUGAUUUUGCAGGAUUCAAUCAGCCACUGAAAGCCAGCAAAAAUGGUGACGGCAUGCAGGCUUCCUAUGUAGUACUGGACUACAAUGGCGUAGGCAGCUCCCUCUACUCCACUCAUACUCUGCAUGCAGCUCAUACAGACGGCAAGACAGGGGGCUUGAGGUACCUUAGUCGUUCAAUCCAUUUUGCAGGCAGCACACCGUACAGAGACUCAAGCUGCUGGUUUAGUCCCUACUUUGCUUGUACUGGAGGCUUAGAUACAGUCACUUUCUUCUUUCUUUUCCUUGUGUUCAUUUCACUGGCUGGAUUUGGAGUUAACAUCUUUAUUCGUUUCAAGACAGGUGGCAGGGUUGGGCUUAGCGUUGGAGGCAGCGCUAACGUUGGACGGACAAAGACAGUCCUGACCCUCGAUGACCUAGUCUUCAUCAACACUCAGAUCAGCAAAAGGAAGCUCAAUGAUGAAAGUAUUUUCAGAAGCCAGCUGGAUAUGAAGACACCUCACCACUCGACGUCUGGCCGCAGCUACUUGGCCGCAACACCAGACAGCUCAAACGUUGCUGUGUUCGAGGGUGACUGGGUUUGGUUGAAGAAGUGUCCCAGUGGAUCAGUGUCAUCUGUCAACAGCAGCACAGAGUUUGUCUUUGUCAAGCUCAGAGACGUGAGGCACGAGAACAUCAACCUGUUGCUAGGACUGUUCUUCGAUUCUGGGAUCUUUGGCAUCGUGACCGAGCACUGCACAAGGGGCAGCUUGGAGGAUCUGCUCAACAACGAGGACGUGCGUCUUGACUGGAUGUUCAAGUCUUCAUUGUUAAUUGAUCUAAUCCGGGGAAUGAAGUACCUGCACCAUCGUGACAUCAUCCAUGGACGGCUAAAAUCUCGUAACUGUAUGGUGGAUGGGCGCUUUGUGUUGAAGGUGACAGAUUAUGGGUUCAACGAAAUUUUGAUUGCCCAGGACAUUGACACAGAAGAGGAAAAGCCAGAGGAUCUGCUUUGGACGGCUCCUGAGCUGCUGCGAAGUUACAGUCUGAGGAGGAGGGGAACUUUCUCUGGAGAUGUCUACAGCUUUUCCAUCAUUGUUCAGGAAGUCAUCUCUCGCUCUUCACCUUUCUGCAUGCUGGACAUGCCUCCCAAGGAGAUUAUCAGCAAGGUCAGAAAACCUCCUCCUUUGUGUCGGCCUGUUGUUUCAGUGGACGAGGCCCCGCUGGACGUGAUACAGGUCAUGAAACAAGCCUGGAGUGAAGAACCAGACAAAAGGCCGACCUUUGAGGAGAUCUUCAAAUGGUUCAAGAGCAUCACCAAGGGAAAGAAGACCAACAUUAUUGACUCUAUGUUGCGAAUGUUGGAACAGUAUUCCUCCAAUUUGGAAGAUCUGAUCAGAGAGAGGACAGAGGAGCUGGAGGUGGAGCGACAGAAGACUGACAAUCUGGUGGCUCAGAUGUUGCCCAGGUCCGUGGCACAAGCACUGAAGACAGGCAAGCCUGUCAAACCCGAGUAUUUCGAUGAGGUCACUCUAUACUUCAGUGACAUUGUAGGCUUCACCACCAUUUCAGCCCUCAGCGAGCCCAUCGAGGUGGUCGACUUACUAAAUGACCUCUACACACUCUUUGAUGCUAUCAUUGGGCUGCAUGAUGUCUACAAGGUGGAAACUAUUGGAGAUGCCUACAUGGUAGCCUCUGGAGUCCCCACCAGGAUCGGCAACCGUCAUGCGGCUGAGAUGGCCAACAUGUCUCUUGACAUCCUCCACUGCAUUGGGACCUUUAAAAUGAGGCACAUGCCUGAACUAAAAGUUAGGAUCCGUAUUGGCCUGCACUCUGGCCCAGUUGUCGCAGGAGUUGUGGGUCUCACGAUGCCUCGGUACUGUCUGUUUGGAGACACUGUCAACACAGCAUCUCGAAUGGAAUCCACAGGAUUGCCUUACAGAAUUCAUGUCAACCAAAGUACAGUUAAUCUGCUGAACAGCUUGAAACUGGGAUACAGAAUUCAAGUCAGAGGCCUGACAGAGUUAAAGGGUAAAGGCACAGAGAACACAUACUGGUUGAUCGGGAAGGAGGAUUUCCACAAGCCUCUGCCUGUUCCUCCAGACAUUCAGGGGGGAAGCAGUCAUGGUAUCAGUAUAGAGGAGAUACCUGUGGACAGAAGACAAAAAUUCCUGGAUCGACAGAAGAAGAUGGGCUAG